GAAAUAGGGAGGGGCGGAAAGAACAGCAGCGAAGAGGAACCUCUUCUAUACUGGGGUGGAGAGAGCGAGCGCGACGGCGGCUCCUCGCGGGAACAAAGAGGCGCGAAAACGCGAAGGCUGAGAGGAAAGGGGGCACUCUUCGUCUCGCUCCAAGGGCCGCGGAGAUGAAAGAAGAGUGAAGAGGCAUGGAUAUAACAUGAAUUGCUUAACGAGUUCAGAAAAAAUAGGAAUUAUUUCUCAGUUAACUAAAUAAAAUGGAUGAGUCAGUCUUAUUGGAUCUGUUGGAGUGUCCUGUCUGUUUAGAACGUCUGGAUGCUUCUGCAAAAGUCUUGCCUUGUCAACAUACAUUUUGUAAAAGAUGUCUCUUGGGCAUUGUGAACUCACGCAGUGAGCUUCGUUGUCCUGAAUGUAGGACGUUAGUAGACUGCAAUGUUGAUGAACUUCCUAGUAAUAUUUUGCUUGUUCGACUACUAGAUGGCAUCAAACAAAGGCCUCAGAAAUCAACUAAUUUAAUGACAUGCACAAAUUUAUUAAGAGCCCAAACUAGCACUGUUGCUAAUUACAUUCAAAAAGACCUACAUAAUUCUCAAAAUGUCCAGCAACAGAGAGUACAGGCACGAAGUCCACCUGUUAGGGGUGUACCUCAAUUACCUUGUGCCAAAGCAUUAUAUAACUAUGAGGGGAAAGAGUCUGGAGAUCUUAAAUUCAACAAAGGUGACAUCAUCAUAUUACGUCGGCAAGUUGAUGAAAAUUGGUAUCAUGGAGAAGUCAAUGGUAUCCAUGGAUUUUUUCCUACCAAUUUUGUCCAGAUAAUUAAACCAUUACCUCAGCCUCAACCUCAGUGCAAAGCACUUUAUGAUUUUGAAGUUAAAGAUAAGGAAGCUGACAAGGAUUGUUUACCCUUUUCAAAGGAUGAUAUUCUUACUGUGAUUCGCCGAGUAGAUGAAAAUUGGGCUGAAGGAAUGUUGGCUGACAGAAUUGGAAUAUUUCCUAUUUCAUAUGUUGAGUUUAACUCAACAGCAAAACAACUUAUUGAACUAGACAAACCAUCAGUUUCUACAGUAGAUUCUGGAGAAGGCACCUCUGGUACAUCCCAUUGCAAUUCAGUUCAAAAGUAUACUGAUGUGAAGAAGAACACCAAAAAACGCCAUUCUUUUACUUCCCUUACCAUGUCCAAUAAGGCUUCACAGUCUUCUCAGAAUCGUCACUCAAUGGAAAUAAGCCCUCCUGUUCUCAUCAGCUCCAGUAAUCCAACUGCUGCAGCACGGAUAACUGAGCUUUCAGGUCUUUCUUGCAGUGCACCUUCUCAGGUUCACAUUAGUACCACAGGACUAAUUGUAACCCCACCACCCAGCAGUCCAGUAACAACAGGACAUUCAUUUACCUUUCCACCUGAAGUCACUUACCAAGCUGCUUUUGCUGUAAGU